AUGGACAUGCAGCGGCUGAUCCACGGGAUCUGCUAUUUUGACUCAAUCGCUGCCUAUUUUACCAAUUCCAUGCUGAUUUACAUGAUCAUCAACCAUUCACCGGAAAGGCUUGUUCCAGGCGCAUACAAAUAUCUGAUGCUCUCGUUCAGCAGCUGCAUGCUCAUUUUCCCAACUUGCCACGGUCUAUUAAUGCCGCACCUCUUCAUUAACGGAAAAUCCUAUGUGUUCUUCUCGGAAGGCUUUUUGAGUAGAUGGCCAUGUGCUGCGCAUGCCGGCAUCGUCUGCUGGGGGUUUCUAUUUGGGGUGAACAAUACUUUGGGGGAAGAGGUACUUUACGCACCAGAAGUUUUUGCCGCCGUCUGGACGAUGGCCCUUUAUUGGAUCGGGUUUAUAGCGAUAGGCUACUGUACCUAUGGCAUCCGCUACCAGCUACAGCGUGCAAAGCUAAGCGCGAAUACCAAGCGCAUGCAUCGAGAAUUGUAUAAAGCUUUGUUAAUUCAGGCUUCCGUGCCGAUCUUGGCCGACUACAUUCCUUGCGCGGAAGCCGGGCCAAAACCUAUGGUC